GUCAAAUACAAUAGUUUCAUUGUCUAAAUACUUUUAGAACAUACGCUUGAGUGUAUGAGUGUUUCUUGUGCCAAAAUAAGACGUCUCAUGUAUGUGCUAUGUUGCUGCGCUCAUUCGCUGGUUCCCUCCCUCUGGGCUGCGCAGAUGCGGGAAGCGCGCGCAGUGAGCAGCUGUGAUUACACCGUCAUGGACACGAGCGCACCACAUCGGAGUUGAAUCGGGACGUUGCCAACAACAAAAACAAAGACAUUAGCACACCGAAUUUUCGUCGGAUUACAACGGAUUCAGGCGUCGCUUUUGUGACUGGAAUAUGCCCAGCAGACGGACUCCAACAACAUGACAGUGUCGCGCUGGAGAAACUCCUGCUCCCGCGCUUCAUGAAGAGUCUCGAGGCCAAAGAGCCGCCGCGCUGCGCCGCCAGAUGUGCUGCCGUUAACCGCAGGCACAACACCGCCAAACGAACACCAGCCUGAAGACACUCAACGCCUGCUUUUAACAUUUCCCCUUCUGUAAAAGACAUGACAUUGGCUGUCCUGUUUGGGCGAACUGCCCGACUAGCAUGUGCGGCUAAUUUCGGUUUAUGUUAGCGGCUAAUUAGCGCACGACUACCGCGACACUCCAACGGCUGUCAGGACAGAGACCCAGACACUUUUACACUGUUUAAAACAGCUUAAUUUGAUUUACAAACAGUUUCCCCCCACAGAAUGAGGUGUUUCACGUGUUGGAAAGCCUUGCUGGUCCGUAAAUGUGGUAGAGUUUGAGUUUGUUUUGAGUGUCCGUGCGCGCCGUGAGAGCGGCUAAACUUGGGUGGUUGUUCCCGGGGCUGGGAGCGCUCGGGGCCGAUGCGGAGCAGCGCGGGCGGCGGCCGCAGGCAUGCAGCACGACUUCGGCUCCAACGAGGAGAACAGCGCGAGAUGGCGAGGCCUGUUCGUGCAGGCGCUGCGAAAGGUGCAGUUACAAGUGCAUCCAAACCUGUCGGCUAAAGAAGAUGCGCUCCAGCACAUUGAGGCACUCAUACUACAGCUCCUGAACAAGCUGUGUGUUACACAGCCCAGAACAAUAGCUGAUGUUGAGGAUCGUGUCCAGAAGACGUUCCCGAAUCCCAUCGAUAAAUGGGCCAUGGCAGACGCUCAGUCUGCGAUAGAGAAGCGCAAGCGAAGGAACCCACUGCUGCUGCCAGUCGAAAAGAUACAUCCACUACUGAAGGAGGUGCUGGGUUAUAAGAUCGACUAUCAUGUGUGUCUGUAUAUUGUUGCUGUGCUGGAGUACAUCUCAGCCGACAUCCUCAAGCUGGCUGGAAACUAUGUGAGCAACAUUCGGCAUUACGAGAUCAGCCAGCAAGACAUCACUGUCUCUAUGUGUGCUGACAAGGUUUUAAUGGAUAUGUUCGAUCAGGAAGAGGAGAUGGGGCUUGUGUCUCAGAGUGUAGAGGAGGUGUCUUCCUCUGGUGUGCUCACAUAUGAUGAUCUUGUGCGUCUGGAGAUCGCUGAGGAGCGUCAGUAUCUGCGGGAACUUGAUCUCAUCAUCAAAGUAUUCCGCCAAGCCUUUACGUCCAGUAGCAAACACUUCUCCACUCAGGAUGUGGAGUUGGCAUUCAGUAAUAUUCUAGAGGUUCACGAGUUAACAGUUAAGCUGUUGGGUCUUAUUGAGGAUGCUGUAGAAAUGACAGCCGACGGUAGUCCACACCCACUUGUGGGCAGCUGCUUCGAAGACCUCGCUGAGGAGCAGGCAUUUGAUCCCUAUGAGACACUCUCUCAGGACAUCCUCUCUAAAGAAUUCUGUCAACAUUUCAACACUCUGAUGUCCCGCCCCACUGUUGCUCUGUACUUUCAGUCAAUUGCAGAGGGUUUUAAGGAGGCAGUGCAGUAUGUGCUUCCUCAGUUGAUGAUGGUUCCUGUUUACCACUGUAUGCACUACUUUGAUCUGUUCCAGCAAUUGCAGGAUUGCAGUGAAGACCAAGACGACAGAGAGUGUUUAAAACAGGCUCAAACUGCACUGAUCAACCUACAAUGCAGCAUUGAACGCAUAUAUGCUAAACACCAACCACGGCGCAAACAAGGGGAGCCAUUGUAUCGGUUAUAUAGUCGUGCAUCUCGCAGCAAGCAGGCAGCAAUAAAGCGUAUGAAUGACAUCCAGAGGAGUAUUGAUGGCUGGGAGGGCAGAGAUAUCGGCCAGUGCUGCAGCCAGUUCAUCAUGGAGGGGGCGCUCCUACGGGCCGGAGCCAAGCACGAACGGCACAACUUCCUGUUCGACGGCCUCAUGAUAAGCUGCAAAGCUAACCAGAGCUCUAGGUUGCCGGGGGCAGGCAGUGGGGCGGAGUUUCGUCUGAAAGAGAAGUUUGUUUUACGCAAGUAUCGCAUUGUAGAUCGUGAGGAUUCACCAGAGUUUCGUCACGCAUUUGAGCUGGUGGGCCGCGAGGAAAGCAGUGCCGUGUUCAGCGCACGUUCGGCGGAAGAGAAGAGUGCAUGGAUGGCCGCGCUGGUGACGCUGCAGUACCGGCCCACUCUGGACCGCAUGCUGGACACCGUCCUGCACCGCGAGGAACAAGCACAACCGCUGAGGCUGCCGUCACCGGAUGUCUACCGGUUUGCCAUACAGGAUUCUGAGGAGAACAUUGUAUUUGAGGAGGGAGCGCAGCGCAAGACUGGAAUCCCUAUUAUUAAGGCCGGGACAGUUGUCAAGCUUAUCGAGAGACUGACGUACCACAUGUAUGCAGACCCAAAUUUCGUGCGUACAUUUCUGACUACGUACCGUUCUUUCUGUAAACCACAAGACCUGCUCACACUACUGAUUGAAAGGAUUGAGAUUCCAGAGCCAGAGCCAUCAGAAGCAGACCUAGAGGCACUUUGGAAUGGAGAGCAACCAAUGGCGGCCGAGCUUCAGAGAUUUCGCAGAGAAUAUGUGCAGCCUGUUCAACUCAGGGUUCUGAAUGUAUUCCGUCAGUGGGUAGAACAUCACUUUUAUGACUUUGAGAAUGAUCCUGAACUCAGCUGUGGACUUGAAGAAUACCUCACCAGCACCACACAACUUAGAGGUAAAUCGAUGCGCAAGUGGGUGGAGUCCAUCAUCAAGAUCAUGAGGCGGAAGAAACAAACUCAAUCUAAUGGCAUCAGUCACAACAUCACCUUUGAGAGCCCACCUCCUCCUAUUGAAUGGCACAUCAGCCGUCCUGGAAGCAUUGACACCUUUGACCUCAUGACCCUUCAUCCAAUAGAAAUUGCUCGUCAGUUAACACUUCUAGAGUCUGAUCUGUACAGAGCCGUUCGUCCAUCUGAGCUGGUAGGAAGCGUUUGGACAAAAGAAGAUAAAGAGAAGAAUUCUCCAAAUCUGCUUAGGAUGAUUAGACACACAACCAACCUCACUCUGUGGUUUGAAAAGUGUAUAGUAGAGGCUGAAAAUGUGGACGAGAGGGUUGCUGUAUUCUCUCGUAUUAUUGAGAUCCUGCAGGUGUUUCAAGAGCUCAAUAACUUUAAUGGAGUUUUGGAGAUUGUGAGCGCCAUCAACUCAGUACCGGUGUAUCGUCUCGAUCACACGUUUGAGGCUGUGCCUGAGAGGAAGAGGAGGAUUCUAGAGGAAGCUGUUGAACUCAGUCAGGAUCAUUUUAAGAAAUACCUUGCCAAGCUCAAAUCCAUCAACCCGCCUUGCGUACCUUUCUUUGGUAUCUACCUGACUAACAUUCUGAAGACUGAAGAGGGAAAUCCAGAUUUUCUAAAACGUGAUGGAAAAGAACUGAUCAACUUUAGCAAAAGACGCAAAGUAGCAGAAAUCACUGGAGAAAUCCAGCAGUACCAGAACCAACCCUACUGCCUCAAAGUAGAACACGAUAUAAAGAGGUUUUUCGAGAAUCUGAAUCCAAUGGGAAACAUGAGUGAGAAGGACUUUUCUGACUACCUGUUCAACAAGUCUCUCGAGAUUGAACCACGGAACUGCAAACAGCCACCCAGAUUUCCCAGAAAGACUAUGUAUUCUCUGAAGUCUCCUGGCGUGCGGCCAGUGCGGCAAGCAUCAGGAGGAGGGGGGACGCUGAAAGGUCACCCAGUGCCAUUAGAACGAGAACCACCUCACAAAAUCACCUUCAGGAACAUCGCAGAAACAGAACCUGAGACUCCCCCUUCUCUCCCCACCUCUCCAAACACACCCACACCUCCACAGUCUGCCAGCUCUGACCUCAACUCGGUGUUCAUUGAGCCUGACCUGAGCAGCUCCUAUGGUAACAACACCAUAUUUGCCCCAGUUUUGCUGCCUCAGUCCAAGUUUCAGUCUGUGUCGUGUGGCAGUUUACUCCAUUUGAUUGGUGAUGAGCUACCCCCUCCAUUACCUCCCCGCAGGAAAGAUACCGCUUCAGAGACCAAGUUGAGUUCCAGGCCUGAAAGUCCUCCCGCCAUUCCACCACGACAGCCUCCUCCUCCUCGCCUGCAACCACGUGUUCCAGUGAUCAAUGGGCCAACAGACGGGCCGCUGCCGAGCCCCCCGCCCCCUCCGCCACGUGAUCCCCUGCCGGACACACCUCCGCCAGUUCCGCAGCGACCGCCGGAGAUCUUCAUCAACUACCCAGUGAACAUGCAGCCGUCUCCAGGAGGCCGUUUCCUCUGGGACUUCACCAGCUCGCCUAGCACUCCCAACACCCCUCCUGGCACGCCCUCGCCCCGUGUUCCGCCCCCCGGCACGCCUUCUCCACGUGUGCCUCGGCGCCCCUGCACACCCAGCAUCAGUCAACCCAGCCUAGUCCACCUGCCCCCGCCCACUCCGGCCCCUCCCAUACCGCCUCGGCACAACUCCACCCCCACGCUGCCAAAACUGCCCCCCAAGACUUACAAGAGAGAACUCUCUCAAUCCACACACACUCUCUCACAGCCAUCCACACACACUCUCUCACAGCCAUCCAUACACACUCUCUCGCUAGUCGACAACAGGGACAGUAACGAAUAAGAGCAUCACACCCUGAAACACAGACAUGAGUGAGUGUGUGUGUGUGUGUGUGUGUGUGUGUGUGUGUGUGUGUGUAUUUUAACAACGUUUAACCUGGAACCAGACAAUCUGAUGCUAAUUAAAAAAACCUGAAGACGCUCAUUGCUCUCGAGGAAUGUGAUUAUCACUCAUUUUUCACAUCCGUCACAUUCAGCGUGCAGAGCUACGCAAGGUCAUGUGCUCGUCAACAGCACAUUCACUGAUGGAAAUGCUGCUCUGAGGCCUUUCACCACCGUCAGACUCUGCUGUGGAUGUUUAUUUGGUUGCAGGUCAAAGGUCAACCAGGGUUCAACCCAAACACCCUCAGCACACCUCUCUUCGGUUGCCUUUAACUCACAGCCGUGACCUUGACCAGAGAUUGUACCCUUCAGGUGAACUCUUGACAUUUUGGUGAGAGCUUUUUCCUUACACUAUUUAAAGCCAAUAUGAUGUCUUAACCUCUCCCCUCAAAGGCGUACUCAUCUAUUCGUCGAUUCUUCACAAACCGAUACUUACGCCCCUUGAUUUCCGCACCAGACUCUUAAUGUGCCUUCAAUAUCAGUACUGAACAAAAUGUAAGCAUUUGCCUUGACCAUGCUUAGAACAAAUGUCUAGACAACACCUCCGUUCGUCCAUUUGUGCGCGUGCGCUCCAAGUAUUCUGUACAGAGUGACAUAUCUGCCCUCACUUCUCACCUCGGCGCCGUGGCAGCCCAGUUGCUGAUGUAUCUACUGACAAUCUCAGUCUGAGACCCACCAGAUUCACACACUGUUGUAGAGUGUUUGGUGUGGACCAGUGUCAAGUUUGUGUGUCUUAAUAGUGUGCGGUGAGCCUUUUUUUGCACUUUAGGGCAGUACUGUUACAGACAGGCAGAGGACUCAAACUCACAAUCCUGUGACCUUAUGACCCUGUCCUGCUAACCCCCGUCCUCUGGGCUGGUCAGGACAACUGUCGGGCUGUUUCCCAAAACUCAUGAACUUUGGGACACGGUCAGAAUGUUCUAUUGUAAAUCACGCCUCCUGCUCUCAUUCAGGUCCGCUCCAUCAACUGAACCAUGUCCAUACAGGAAGGGCUUCAUCACCAGAGCAAUUCCUAUCCAGUCAACCACGGAAAUGGUCUCCGAGGCAAUCAGCCAUAGAGGGACUGCAGUGUUUUGUAGUGAUGUCACAUCCUGUAUGCGUAGAAUCUCAUCCUGGCCACUCCCACUGAGAUGACUGGUCAAUUGGUUUGAAGUGUUAGUAAUUCCCAAAAACUCACUGUUUGUGUGUGUGCGUGUGUGUGUGUAUAUGUGUGUGGGUGUGUGAGUGUGAGCAUUCAAGGCCUGUAACUGCUUUUGUACCAUGUUCUCCAUGAGACUCAUUAAUAAACUCGCAGUCUUAUUUUCUA